AUGGCAAUAGAUAAUUUCAAGCGGCGUUGUCCUUUACUUAAGUUGACGUUACAUAAGCUUGUAGGUUUUACUACUACAUCAUGCAUUGUUGCGGCCGCCUCUGCAUCAACCCUCAAUGUCAGUACAUCCAUAAACAAUACCAGCUCCGGCAAUGAGACCGAUCUCUCGGAACUUUUUCACUGGCAAGACUAUGGGGUACUUGCUGCUAUGUUAUUCGUUUCUUGUGCAAUCGGCGUAUUUUAUGGCUAUUGUGGGGAGAAACAAACGACAGGAGAUGAUUUUCUUUUAGGUGGAUCAUCGAUGGGGACUUUUCCCAUGGCUUUAAGUUUAGCGGCAAGUUUUAUAACCGCUAUCGAAUUAUUGGGCAAUCCAGCAGAAAUGUACAUAGCUGGGGCUCAGUUUUGGAUGAUUUGCAUUGCUUUUGUUCUGGUUGUUCCCAUUUCUAGUCAACUUUAUCUACCGGUUUUUAUGAGGCUUCGAUUGACAUCAUGCUACGAAUACCUGGAGGUGCGAUUCUGCAAAUCUAUGCGAGUUUAUGCAAGCGCAUUAUACAUGCUUCAAAUGAUAUUGUACACUGCAGUGGCUGUUUAUGCUCCAGCUCUUGCUCUCUCGGAUGUAACUGGAUUAAAUACCUACGUAGCAGUAUCGCUGGUUUACGUAGUUUGUAUUUUUUACGCUUCCCAAGGUGGAAUGAAAGCAGUAAUCAUGACCGAUUCCUUUCAAUCAGCAGUUCUAUUAGCAUCAUUAGCGACAGUAUUAGCUUUAGGUGCAGAUCAAGUUGGCGGUCUUAACGCAGUUUGGGAUUAUUCAAGACGUUCUGAUAGACUACACUUUUUCGACAUGGACCCUGAUCCCACGGUCCGCCAUUCGUUUUGGUCAGUAGUUGUUGGUGGCACAAUGUACUGGGUGAGCAUGUUUUGCGCAAACCAGGCAUCCGUACAAAAAUACUUAUCUGUUGAGCGCAUAUCUCAAGCUAGAAUCGCUCUAUGGGUAUCUGCAAUUGGCUUGAUUGCCGUGUAUUCUGUGAAUUUCAUCACCGGAGCAGUGCUUGCCGCCCAUUAUGCUGGAUGCGAUCCAAUACAGGCCGGAGUUAUCAGUGCAUCGGAUCGAUUACUUCCAUUGUAUGUGGUGAGGGAAUUUGGAAAAUACCCCGGCGUUCCUGGCUUCUUCGUCGCAGGCAUUUUCGCGGCUAGUCUCGGUACUGUUGCAUCAGCCCUAAACUCUCUGGCUGCAGUCGCGUGCCAAGACUUAGCGAACGGCUUAUUAGGAAUAACACUUCCAGAAGAGAAAGGGGCAAUGAUAGCAAAGUGGGUCUGCUUGGCCUGUGGUGCUAUCUCAUUUGCUCUGGUCUUCAUUGUGGAACGACUUGGGCCAGUUCUACAAUUGGCACUCUCAUUCAACGGCAUGGCUGGAGGUGUUUCCUUGGGUCUCUUUAGUUUAGGAAUGUUAUUCCCGUGGGCCAAUUCUACGGGUGCAGUGGCAGGCGGUAUUUUUGGGCUACUCGUAGUGGUUGUGGCGGGCGGUGGUGCACAACUAGCGCAGGUUCCCCUCCCGCGGCUUCCUACAUCAACGGAUUCCUGUCCUGCUUACUAUAAUCUGACUUCCUUGAUUAUUUCCCCAAGCGAAAACCAAGACGAAGCAGUUUUUUGGUUAUUCAGAGUCUCAUACCUAUGGUAUUCAAGCCUAGGUUGUGUAGCUACCGUCUUAGCUGGAAUGGUUGUAUCAGUGAUAACUGGUGUAACGGAUCCCGCCCAUGUGCCAAUUGAUUUAAUUUCGCCACCAGUUAUAUCCCUAUUAAGCGCCUUGCCGAAGAAAUUAAAGAAAGCGUUACGGAUACCAACGCGUAUGGGGUUGGAAAGGCGGCGAAGUUCGAGCGUGCGGCCGCCAAGUAUUGCAGAUGACAAGGACACGAGACGGCGCAGGCGCCUCUCGGAAUUAGCUGGUGGUGUUUUUUAUAGCGACGCACAGAUCCUUACGCAAGGACAUGACAACCUUGCCUUGGACACAGAGAAAAGCCAUGACCAUUACCAUCGCACUAGCUUUAAAUUGGAUAAACAAUCAAGUCCACAACUUUCUAGAACAUCUACAUGUUAA